GACCCUCAAGCUCGUCCCUGUGUGAUAGCAUCUUUAGAGCAGUGAUCACCUUUCUUCAGGUUCAACUGAUUAAUAAACACAAUACAGGAUUUGUCAUGCUAUAAUGCCCAUGUGUGACUUUCAAUUUGAUUCGACUGUUUUUUACAAUUUUAUAUGGCUUCGGUAUGUGUGAAUGGCACCUGUGUUCGGUGAUGAACGGCUUGGGACUCAUGGUUAUAUAAGUGAUCAUAUUACUACACUAAAUGUUAAUGUCAAGUGUAGUGUAGUUUCAUUACAAAUGAUCACUGACAUGCACAGUGAUUACCUUUCUCCUGCGUAAAAGGUGACACUGCAGAAGUCUUUUGCUUCGAAGACAAGCUGCUUUCUUAUAAGUCCUGUCCUUUGUAACUAAAAACAUGCAGGUAACUUAACCCUAAAUUAUUUUUCAUCCUCUGAAAGCCUUGUUAAAUAACAGGUAAUAUUCAGUAUUUUCCUGAAGAACUUAACUUCGUUAAUGUAGUUGCUACAUCUAUAACACGUUAGAAAAUUUGUGGAUUAGUGGAAUAUAUCAGAAUUUACUGUGCAUUUCACAAUAUAAUCAUACCCUCAUAACAUUAAUUGCUUAAUUGGUGUCCCUAUUAUACAAAAAGUGUGUUUGAGUAUCUGUGCCCGGCAAAUAAUCAACAUCCAUCCUGGGUGCUUUGAGCCUGGGGCUAGCCAGAAUAUGCUUUGUGCUCGACCAGACUGCAUAAGUGGUUGUGGAAGACCGAUGGAUGGAUUAUUUGCUGCAUUCCCCAUUCAUGAAAGUUUUCAGGGUCGGCAUUUGUGUGGGUCGAGCAAUAAAUUUCGGAACCGGAAGAGGGCGCCUCUCGGCGUUACGGAUGCCGUGACGUCAUGCUCCAGGGGCUGGACGAAGCAGAGGCGGCCAUCGGCUGUCAGGCAUCUUGUGCCCGGCCUGUCUUCGCCUCUGCGCCGAGCUCGAUCUCCGGAGGCCAUGGAGCCGAAGGGUGGCGCCGUCCUGCAUGUUGUGGUGGUCGGAUUUCACCACAAGAAGGGCGGCCAGGUGGAGUUCUCAUAUCCCCCGCUUGCCUCUCAGGACGGCUCUGAGCGUGGUGCCCUGCCUGAGGAAUGGAAAUACCUGCCGUUUCUGGCCCUGCCUGAUGGGGCACACAACUAUCAGGAGGACACCGUGUAUUUUCACUUGCCGCCUCUGGGGGACGAAACGGAUUGCGUGUAUGGGGUCUCCUGCUACCGGCAGAUUGAGGCCAAGGUCCUCAAGGUCCGCCAGGAGGACGUCACCAGGGAAACCGUGCAGAAGAGCGUGUGCGUCCUCAGCAGGGUGCCACUAUAUGGCCUGAUCCAAGCAAAACUGCAGCUCAUCACUCAUGCCUACUUUGAGGAGAAAGAUUUCUCUCAGAUAUCUAUUUUGAAGGAGCUGUAUGAACACAUGAACAACUCGCUGAGUUGCAGUAGAGCCGUUGAGUCCCAGGUUUACUUGGGUUUGUCACCCACGGAUUUAAUACUUCACUUUCGACAUAAGGUCCUAAUUCUUUUAAAGUUGAUCUUACUUGAGAAAAAGGUUCUUUUUUACGUUUCUCCGGUCAGCAGAUUAGUUGGAGUCUUGAUGACUCUCUUGUCGCUUUUUCCCGGGAUGAUUGAGCGUGGGCUGACCGGCUGCUCACGUUACAAAACCAGGGGCAGCGUGUCCCGGGAAGCAGGACCUGAGGAGUUUGUCGCUAUCUCUGCGGAGGAUGUUGCCAGUGGAGAGCCUGAGCCUGGAGAGGAUAGCACCAGUGAGGAGAGGGUACCCCGGAGCUCGCCGGAGUCCUCGGAGAGCGACUGGGAGACGCUAGACCCCAGCGUGUUGGAGGAUGAUUCCCCAAACGGCAGCAGGCAGACGGGAUCUCUGGUCACGGCCCAGCCGCAGUCCGCUAGCAGCGAUUCCCCCGACCUGGACUCGGGGCUGCAAGAGGACCAAUUCGGCCAGCCCCUUGCCAUCUUCACCAAGGGUUACCUCUGCAUGCCGUACAUGGCCCUGCAGCAGCACCACCUGCUGUCAGAUGCGACGGUGCGUGGCUUUGUCGCCGGGGCGACCAACAUCCUCUUCCGGCAGCAGCGGGACUUGAGCGAUGCUGUGGUGGACGUGGAGGAGGCCAACAUCUCCGUGCAGGACCUGGAGCUGCGGAAGAUCCUGAGUCUGACCACGGCAGACCUGCGUUUUAUGGACUUCCUGGUCCGGCGUGUGACGGAGACGCGAGAGGGCACCCACCUGGGCGGUACCGGCUGGGAGGGAGGGGACGAGUGGAUCCGGGCCCAGUUCAGACUCUACAUACACUCCCUGUUAUGCGCCAGCUUACACCAGGAUGACAACGAGAAAUUGCGGGCUGAUUACGGUGCCUCCUUCGUCUCUGCAUGGAGGGUCACCUACAACUACAGGGUGUGGAGCAGCAAAGUGCGUCCGGCCAUGUCUGAGAUCAGCCCGGGGCAUCCGUUCCAGGGACCAUACAGCGCGGCUGAUGUGAAGCUUAGGCUCUCGCACUCCAUGCAGAACAGUGAGAGAGGGAUGAAACUGGGAAAAGCCAUGAUGAGUACCAGCCAGAGCGUCUACCAGACGGGGAAGGCCGUGGGCCAGUCCAUGGGUGGGGCACUUAACAGUGCCAAGUCUGCCAUGUCCUCCUGGUUCUCGUCACUGACCCAGCCCACAGCCAUUACCGACUCCAGUCUUGCUGAACCACCAACGCGGAAGCAGUAAUGCCCCCCCCCCUCUCUCCUUCAACCUCAAGCGUCUCCCAGUUCGGCCCCCGGGAGUAAUGGAACUGGGUGGUGUGGGAGGUACUAGGGCACCUGGGAAACAUUUCUCCCCCCCACCACCACCUGCAACUUAGAGUGAAAAGGCGUGAUGACAUACAGGACAGCGCAGGUCCCUGUCAGUGAGGUCUAAACAGCGUUAAACACAUAGGAGGCCCGUCAUUGUUGGUAUGAUCCCUGCGUGCCAUUUUUCUGAUGGACAUUUCAUGUAAGAUAAAGCAGAAAAUGCACUAAUGUUCCUUAAAUCCAGUGGUGUGGUGAUGGAACGGAAUGUUGUCCCGAUACGUAUUUCUUCACGAAUGCUGUACGAUGCCUUAUGAAGGCCGGAGUCACGUGACUCUGAGCUUUUUUUCAGGUUUGUGGAAGUUUUGCUUUUAAUGUUAAGUGUGGAUUGAACUAAUGCAAAGUGGGAUUGCUUACUGAUGCCAAUAUUACUCAUUUUAUACUUUGAAUCUCUCAGAAGAAAAGCAUGCUCUGCCCUAAGGUCAUCAAUAUUAAGGUAAAUGUUCAAAUAACUGAGUCCUUGGCCCAGACCAUUAAUGAAUCAUCUUGGUCUUAAAUUGUUCUUAAAUACUGUUAGUCUUUGAUGUUUUAAUGUAUUGCUUAUCCCAGGCUUCUACUUCUGGUUCUAGAAAUUGGCUGUGGGUACGGAUUCAUAUUCUACUGGGGAAUUUGAGCUCUUCAUUGAACUUAAUUGAGGAUACAGGUUCUGUGGUGUUUGAGGUCAUGGAUGUUGAGGUCGGUGUUUAACCUGAACAGCUUUUGGUAAAAUAUGCAGCCAUAUAAGUAAAAUCUGUAAGUCCUGCUUGAUAAAAGUAUCAGCUUAACCCGAAUGAACUGUAGAUGUCUGUCUUAUUUAUUUGAAGUUCUACAUGCCUUUCGGGACCUCAGUGAUUCCGAAUUACCUACUUCUCUUGGAGACCACAAGGGGGGGGGGGGGCUGCAUGGGGACCGUGUCCACACCCAAUGUGCCAUUAUGAGAAGAUCCAAGUGUCCCCCCAGCUGAACCAAGCCAUCGAGUGACUGUUUUGCCUGAUUCUCUUGUCAAACCAAACUGGAAACACCAACUUCAGCAUCUUAAUAAAAGGCCCACCUGCCAUAUUGUU